AUGGGAAAUAUGAAAACCAUUCAUUCUUUCUUCAAAAUAAAUGUUGAUAAUGAAGAAAGUCAUGAUAAAAAUCAAGAGAUUAAACGUCACAAAUCUUCAACAAGUGAACCACAACCACAAGAACAUGAAAAUCAACAAGAGAAUGAUAGGAAUGAAGCUACACAAUCAAAUCCUAAUGAGGUGGUCCAGGUGGAUCUUAAGCAACUAGAAAGAGAUCCCGCUAAAAGAAAACAAAUUGCGUGUCAUGAUUAUGAUGCAUUUAAUGUUACAAGAUUUGACAAUUGGAAGAAAGUUAAUGACGGGAAAAAUUGUGCAUUGUUGAAGCACAUUGGUUGUUCACAACAUAGAAAUGUUGUUGCAUUCGCUGAAAAUUUGAUGAGCCAAGAAGCACACAUUGAAAAUAUCAUAAUGAAGCAAAACGAAGAGCAAAUAUUAAAGAAUCGUUUACGAUUAAAAGCUUCGAUUGACACAGUUCCAUCUUAUAAUGAUGAAGUUGCAAAUGUUAUAUUAGAGAAAGCUCCUUAUAAUUCAAAGUAUACUUCUGGAGAAAUUCAAAAAGAAAUUCAUAAAGGGAUCAUACGUGAAAGGUUCUUGGAUUUGGUUCAUGUUAGGGAUACCUUAUCAUUAACCCUAAAAACAAAUAUGUGGAGACAACUUUUGCACAAUCAGUUUGAUGUUAGUAAAAUUUGUGGCCAAUGUUAUGAUGGUGCUAAUUACAACUACCCUUGUAAGCAUCAUGAUGAGUUACAAAAGGCGAAGGCAACUGAGAUUGAACAAUUAUUGGAACUAGGUGAAAUCGAAUCAGGCAAAGGAUUGAAUCAAGUUAAGACAUUAAGAAGAGCUGGUGAUACAUGUUGGGGUUCUCAUUUUCGUUCUGGAAUAAUCGAUGACUUGUCUACUACUUAUUCUCAACGCCGAGAUGCUGAUGCAACUUACGGUUUCCUAAAAUCAUUUAAGUUUGUGUUUAUUCUUCACCUGAUAAAGGAAGUAAUGGGGAAAACUGAUGUACUUUCUCAAGCUCUACAAAAGAAAUCCCAAGAUAUUCUUAAUGCCAUGGAGUUAGUUUCGGCGGUGAAGCUAUUAAGUCUUAGUUCUACUUUAGUUUCAAAAGAACACCCGAAAGUGAUUAAAGUUGAUCAAAUUUGUCGUCUUGUUGAGAAGUAUUAUCCCGAAGAUUUUACGGAGCAAGAGAAAAUUCAAUUACGAUAUCAAUUGGAGAUUUUUAAUAUUGACAUAACAAAGAAUCCCAAGCUUAGUGGUGUAUCAACUAUUGCUGACUUUUGCAAGGGUCUCGUGGAAACUCAGAAACGUGAGACAUAUUAUUUGCUUGAUAGAUUGGUGCGGUUAAUCUUGACACUUCCAGCUUCUACCGCAACAACAGAAAGGGGAUUUUCAGCAAUGAAAAUAUUCAAGAACCGUCGUCGCAAUACGAUGUUGGAUGGCUUUCUCGCAAACACCUUGGUGGUUUACAUAGAAAGAGAAAUUGCUGAAAACAUUGAUUCGAAGUCGGUAAUUGAGGAAUUUAAAGACCUUAAAAGCCGUCGGGCUGAGUUGUAA